CUCUGUACGCUUUUCCGAGACCUGCUUCAAUCUUCAACCCUUACGAGUAUUAUCAAAAAAUUAUUUCCAACUCACAAGUGAGACAUGGGGAUUGCACGAGCCAUCAGUGUCGCCGGACUUCUCGUUGUCUUUUUCAUCGAGGCCUCCGCUAUACCUCUCCAGAUGCGAGGUGAGACGUCCGGUUUGAACGAGGCUGUUUACACCGAACCAGAACUCAUGGAGGCACUUGCAAGAUCAUACGGAGCAAUCGGUGGAGCACGUGAGAGUCCAAUGAGAGAUUCCCGGAUAAACCGACAGAGCCGCCAGGGGUUGGACUCACUAUCCGGUGCAACAUUCGGCGAGAGCAAGAGAUUCGAUCCCCGAAGAAAGCCAGAGCUAUCCAAUCUCAGUCAAAUGGAACUCUACAAUGGGGCCAUCAAGCGCAAUAUCGAUGAGAUUGAUCGUGCCGGUUUCGACAGCUUUUCCAAGCGAAAUUUCGACGAGAUCGAUCGCGCUGGCUGGGACAGUUUCGUUAAAAGGCGAUUCGUCGAUGCCUAUUUAGCUUCAAGACAGCACUAAUUGUUUAUUCGACACCUGUAGUCAACGAUCAAUUUACAAUGUGUGAAAAAAAAAAUUAACGACUGCUAACAUUUUACCUCAACGAUUUAAUGAUCUCGGAUUUCAGUAUUUCUUCGGUUCAUUAUGAUCGGACGAUAUUCGAGAGAUUGAAAUUUCAAUCUAAUUAUUCUUGCCAUUUUUUUUUUUGUUACAACAUAUAAUGUUGCGAGUGUGCGAUUAAUUUUUAAGUCUAGAAUACUUCAUAUUUUUUAUAAAUAAGUUUGUCUUCAUUGGGAGACGUCGUGCUGGGAAUGUUUAAUUGGGAAAAUGGGAAAAAAUUCAAUUGAUUGGAAUUCGAUUUUUCAUUUUAUUUUUCUGUUGGUGGCAAUUAAUCUUUGAGUCAAAAAUUUUUUAUUCUUUUAUAAAAGAUCGACGACUUCGUCUAAUGGAAUCCUUUAGUCCAUUCAAUGCAUGUUGAAAUGUCUCAAAAUUAUCUAAAAACUCAAAAUUACCACUUACCUUGGAUUUUCGAAUAUAAUAAGGAUAAUUUUUGAAUCGUUGUUACACUCAUCAAUUUACGAGUACUGUAGAUGUCAAUUGAACAUGAAGAGCAUAAUAAUGAUCGAAGAAUGCAGUUUUGAAAUUUAAUAUCGCAAUUGUCCAUUAAAAAAAAAUACUCUCGAUGUUGGAAAGAAAUGGAGCAAGUAAUCAUGUACCUGUACUAUCGAUAUUUGCUUGUAAUCCGUCGUAAUUUUAUGUCCUGUUUUAUCCAUCCGCUGUCUUUGAAUAAUUGUAAGUUUUAUUGUAAAAAAAUGUGCGCCGAAUAAAGACGUCAAGUUGAAAAAGUC